GCAAGGCCCCGAGCCCGCGGGCUCCUAGUGCACGCGCGCUCAGGCCGUCGAAAACUUACUGGCAGUGAAUGCAAUCUCAGAUUUCCGCGAGAAUGCUUUCGCAGAGCUUUGACACGGGGCGGAUUUCCUGACCUUAUGCCAGACGCACCACAGCCCUGAUUUGCCGUCGUCUGCACCUUGUACGUAGGCGCAGAACCCCGCUAUUCCCAUGCGGCUGAUACUUCAUCCACCCGGCUAUAAUCUCAGUCACUUCCUGGGAUAGUCCAAGACUGUGGAUGCAAUGGGUGAUAAUGAUUCGCCGCACGCCGUUUCUAUUACAUACCGAAAGAAAAGACUCAGAGAGCUAUAUAUGCUAGCUUGCUGCAUAUUCAUUGACCCACCAAUGAGCGAUCCAACUUACAUCGCAGUCAACGAGCCGCCCUUUGACGACGAGAAGGCUGACGUCGUCAUCCGUUCCUCCGACGGCUUCGAGUAUCGGACACAUCAAGUUCUGCUUCGGCGCAGCUCUGUCGAAAGUGUGUGGCCUGCGGUCUUGUCCCUGCCGCAAACAAGAAAAUACUAUCGUUCAGAUAAUUGCUCCAUCCUGAGCACACCAUCCCACGACAUGAUUCCCAUCAUUCCAGUCCCCGAAGACAGCAAAGUGGUGGAUCCGCUGCUGCGCCUGUGCUAUCCGCCGUGGGACGAUGCCCGCUGUCGCGUGACACUCUUGUCCGAUCUUGAGACUUGCCUCGGCGUAGUACAGGCGGCUCAGAAGUACUGUAUGGAUGGGCCCGAGAAGAUCGCUCGUACGCACUUGCUUACUCAUCACCUGCUCCCGCUAUCCUUGGGCGGCUACGCAGUCGCACUCCACGCCCAGCGCGACCGCGGCCUCGAAAUCAGCGAGGAGACACGGCGUUGCGCCCGAGCCUUCUUGCGCACCCCCUUACUCGAACAGGCGUACACGCCGGAGCUGGAAUGUAUCACGGCAGGCGACUAUCUCCGCCUCCACAGCUUCCACGUGCGAUGCGGUAACGCCGCAGAGGCCGUCGCUCGCAAUCUGCGGUGGAUCAUCAAAGAGAAUUCCCCGUGGUUCGAAUGCACCGCCUGCCGCGGCCUCGCAGUGGUCGUCAUUUCAUCCGAUCGGCGCAAGUGGGCGUCCAAGUGGUGGACGGAUUUCAUCGGCGAGGCGGCGGUAGCCUUGAAAGAGAGACCGGUGGGCGAGACAGUCGAGAUCCACUCAGAUUUGGUGAAUAGCGCGAUAGACAAGGCAAUGGGGCAGUGUGCAGUGUGCCGGGGCAGGGUACACCGGGAGAUGGAAGCCUUUUGCAAAGUUUUUGCAAAUGAAGUAGAAAGAGCUACAGACGCUCUCCAGAUCACAGCGACAUAAUCGAUAUGCGGUAGCAGUUGAAUCUCGAUUUGCCUUGAGUUGCGCGAGUGACG